AUGCCGAGCUACGCUGAUUGUACGGCUGUCAGCCCGCUGUGCCCAGUACAGGCUACCACCUACGGCUACUAUCCCAACUUUGGCGGCAACGUCUUCUUCACAGUUUUCUUCGGUGUUCUCGGUGUCUUCCAGAUUGGCUAUGGAGUUUACUUUCGCACCUGGACCUUUAUGGUCGCCUUAGGUGCCGGUGCGAUCAUGGAGAUGGCUGGAUACGUGGGUCGAGUUUUGAUGAACUCCAACCCAUGGAAUGAGAGUGCAUUCAAGCUGCAAAUCGUGUGUCUCGUCCUAGCACCGACCUUUGUCGCUGCCGGUGUCUACCUCACCCUCAAGCAUAUCGUGUUGAACCUGGGUCCCGAGCACUCGAAGCUGAAGCCGCGCCUCUUCACUUGGAUCUUCAUCAGCUGUGAUGUCGGCUCGUUGAUUCUGCAGGCAGCUGGUGGUGGUGUUGCGGCCGCUGCUGGAAAGACUAACCAGAAACUCCUCAAGGCUGGUGACGAUAUUAUUAUCGCAGGUAUUGCCUUCCAGGUGGUCACGAUGGCGGUUUGUGGCUUACUCGGUCUCCACUUCUUUUGGAAUGUGUACCGCAGCGGCAAUGGCUUGGUGAGCGAGAAGACUCUCGAUGAUCCUACGCCGGCGAUUUCUCCUCGACGGAUGAAACUUGUUAUUAUCGCCGAGGUCUUUGCAUACUUCACCGUGCUGAUUCGGUGUAUCUAUCGUAUUCCCGAGAUGGCUGGUGGUUGGGGCAGCCCGCUGAUGCAAAAAGAGAACGAGUUCCUCGUUCUGGAUGGAAUGAUGAUCGCCUUGGCCUGCACAUCCUUCACCCUUGUCCACCCGGGCCUUUUCCUCCCCUCCAUGCGGACCGGCCGCAAAAACAGCGCUUAG